GACAGCACCGCCGACGAAGUGCGACAGGCCGACAGCCGAGAUGAGACCGAUCGCGCAAUUUGACUGUAGUUGCAAAGUUUAGUAACCCCAAUUUCAGAGGCUCACUGAAUUUUGCAAAGUGAUAGCCAGUCUGUAUUAUAGCAGGGGUCCCUUAGUUCGGGACUCUUUUCCUGUCAUCCAAGCAGUCAAACUCGUGGACGUCAAAUCCUUCGCUCUUCAGAUUUCAGCCGUCUGCGUCAGAUGCUGCCUCUUGGGACUUCAGAACGACUUAACCUUUUUCUCUGCAGAAGAUUUACAGACCCGCAGCGGUCGAUCCUCGAUACCAACCGAGAGCCCCAGUGCGCCAGUGAGCCAGCAGAUUAUGGUGGCUGGCUGAACCCUCACCGACCCGAGCUCGCGAAUGAGUCGCUCUCGUAAGAUUCCACCUGAUUCUGAAGUCGUGACUCUGCGACCCCAGUCUGUUGCAUGUCUCUGCGCCCCCAAAGUGAAUCCAUCGCGAUUAUCAUCGUGUCGUAGCCAGGCCAAAUCUCAAUAGCGCCACACACCGACAUCGUCCGGCGCGGCGACCGUCCAGCUGGAACUCCCUCUCAACCUUGGGGCGCAUGGGUGCAUGGGUCGGGCCUGGUCAGCUUUUGCCUGAUCCAGUAGCACGCUGUGUAUCUCGAAUCCGGCAGGAACCCGUUCGCGAGAUCACCUCGACGAUGAUGUUGCUGGUUGCCACUCACACCCUGCAUCCUGCAGUGCUGGACCACUAUCACACUCGCUGCCUCUUCGUUCGUCCCCGGGGAACCUCUUUCUUUUUUCACCCUCUUUCUGCGUCAUCUCCUCAGUUCCAUGUUGGCUGUCGAGGAUUGGUCCGUUGGUAAAUCAUUGUUCUUUCGUUAAUGAGCUUAGUUCGUCGUGGUGUUUCUUGUUUUUGCCUUUUUUUCCCUUCUGAAGGAAGCCGGAAAAGCAACCUGACAAAAGCAAUUACUAUUGCAAUUCUUCAAGCUUCUUGUCCCGCUCUGUCAUUAUUACUUAAUUCUCCUUCCAACGAAGCACAGCGUUGGGUCUGCAGACUCCAGGGUCCUCUAUAGCUCUGGUGCAUGGAAACCGACACGACAUCCUCGCAUCAUCUUGCAGCGACACAGACACAUUCGCAAUGAAGACAGAGUUGUCGUCCUCCACUUCACCUGCGCACUCUUCGCGUCAACGGCCGGGAUCUGCCUGCGAGGAAUGUCGCAGACGCAAGGUAAGAUGCGACCGGCAACGACCGCAGUGUCAGGUCUGCUAUGAGAGCGGCCUUGAAUGCAAGAUCAGCACAACCAGGCUCCCUCGAGGGCCGCGGAAGGGCCAGUUACGGACCCUGCGAACUCGCAUCGGUAGGUUUGUCUUCUCGAAGUCGUCAAGGACAUUAGCUGAGCGAGUAGCCGCCCUCGAGCGCUGUCUGGCCGACCAGCAUCCUGAGAUCAACCAGCAGAUGACCGCCCUGCUAGACGAUCCGGAACUUGACUGCGAGUCGGAAGAGGAUCACUUGCGGGAGAUCAAUGGGUACAGGGAAGGCACGACAGCAACAGAGGACCGCAGGACGGGCACGAAAUCACCUCGAUCGCCGGGUUCGCCACGGUCGGGGCUUGUUUCCGAGCUGACGCGAGCUGACCUCGACCAACUGUAUUUCGAUCGCGUGCAUCCCUUUGCUCCGAUCCUUCAGCGAUGGCGAUACCACAUCUGGUCGAAACAGCACAAGAAGAGCGAGGGCCAAACAUGCCUGCAAUACGCCAUGUGGACAGUCGCAGCAUCUCUCUCGGCACAGUUCCGCUCCCUUAGAGACUCACUCUACCAAGAGACAAGACGCAUGCUAGACGCACUGGACUCGCAAACCCAGCGGGCGGAUCCAAACGGAAGCAUUGAACAGGCGCAGGCGUGGGUCCUGAUCUGUGUCUACGAGUACAUGCAGCUCUCACCACUGCAAGCGUGGAUGAGCGCCGGUCGCUGCUGCCGCCUUGUGCUAGGGAUGAGGCUGUACGAGCUCGACGAUCCCAAUAAUCCGGUGAUGGUUGCACGGGACCAGGAGACGAGCUUGAUUGACUGGACAGGACUGGAGGAGCGCAGGCGCACGUUCUGGAUGGCGUACUCAUUGGACCGGUUCAUAAGCUUCCACAACGCACUGCCGUUCACCUUGAACGAACAAUUAAUUGCGACGCGACUACCCGUUCCAGAGGAGGAAUUCCAGGCAGGACACCCGGCGGUCACGCAGUACUUGUCGGAGGUGAUGGCAAGGGGAAACACCGACAAUGUCCUCCCGAUAUCCUCCUUUAGCGAGUGCAUUGUCCUCGCGACAAUCUGCGGCCGAGCUCUUGCACACCGACAAAAAGUAGCGGUCGAGCAAAUAAGCGUCAGUGGCGACGUGGCCGUUUUCGAGGGAUUUUGGUCCCGACACCAGUGGCUGCACGACAUGCUCAACUACCGCAUUCGGCUGCUCUCAACGUCGCCGCAAGUCGACCCGAUGCUGAUGUUUGCGCGCAUAGUCGCGCAGACAAUGGUUUUGUUUCUGCAUAGCGUGCUCGAGUCAAUCACUUGGAAAACCGGCGACCACCUCCUCGGCAUCAUCGAGUAUGAGCGACUCUGCGUGAUGGCAGCGCACGAAGUAGUGAAACUGGUCAAGCUUCAGGGUCAGCUUGGCUAUUUCAAAGUCCACCCCUUGACUCCAAUCCCGCUGAUGAUGUGCACCGAGUUUUUCGCUGGCCACGGCUACCUCGACGCAGGGUUUGACGGCAUGCUGCAGGACGUACUGGCUUGUCUUCAAGAUCUCGAUCGAGUCAAGAACGCUGCCCAGAGCCCGCGCGAGCCCAUACCUGCUUAGUCUUGAUGUUUUCGUAUGCAUAUAUAAUUCUCGGCCCCUGUGACUGGAUCAUAGGUUGUACGUUGCAUAGAUCGCGAUCAACAGCGAUAGCAUAUAUCAGUCAUAUAACGGCGUUGAUUUGAAUUGGUUUCCAGGCGAAGGCUUUGAGAAGGAGUACUGCAACGAUGUCCGGCUGCAGAGAUAAUAGAGAUAUAAUCGCACCAUUCUUCCAUAAUAAAUGAAAACUAUAACCGGUGA